CUCAACUUUCACAUUCGCACUUGAGGAUGGCUGUCACUCGACGCGCUAUUUUAUAACCAUACAUUUUGAAGUGAUGCAAGUAAUUGCUGGAGGAUUACGAUCCCGUGAAGGCGGGAGGAAAAAGUUUACCCGUGAAAACUGGUCGAGCAAGCGUGACUAUGUCCUCUCCAUGAUCGGCUGUGCUGUUGGCCUGGGAAAUAUCUGGAGGUUUCCUUACCUGACCUACAAGAAUGGAGGGGGGGCCUUUCUCAUCCCAUACUUCACAAUGCUUCUGGUGACUGGUAUUCCCCUUUUCUUCCUUGAAAGUUCCUUCGGUCAGUUCUGCAGCCAGGGUCCUAUCAAUAUUUGGAGAGCAGCGCCGCUCAUGCAGGGUGUUGGCAUAGGGAUGGUGAUGGUGACUCUCUUAAUAACUAUUUACUACAACGUCAUCAUGGGCUACAGCCUGUACUACAUGUUUGCCUCCAUGCAGAACCCUCUUCCAUGGGCCAGCUGCCCAAACACCACUGCCACUACCUGCAGUGAAACGCCUAUAGUAUAUUGUAAUAACAGUGGUAUUUUGACUGGAGUGAACCAGACUUGUAAUCUGUCCAACAAAAUCAAGAUUGAUAUCCAGAGCCCGAGCGAGUACUACUGGGACCAUGUGGCUCUGCAGAGAUCCAGUGGCCUGGAGGAAACAGGACCAGUAGUUUGGCACCUUGCUCUUUGCCUGAUGUUGAGCACCCUCCUUGCAUGUGCAUCUCUGAUCAAAGGCAUCAAGUCAUCAGGAAAAGUUGUGUAUUUCACGGCCACGUUUCCUUAUGUGGUGAUCCUUAUCUUGCUGAUCAGAGGUGUGACACUAGAGGGAGCUAGGGAUGGGAUUGAGUUCUACAUUGGCUCCAAGUCCAAUUUGACAAAGCUGUCUGAAGCCCAGGUGUGGAAAGAUGCUGCAACCCAGAUCUUCUUUUCCCUCUCUAUUGGCUUGGGAGGACUCAUGGCCCUCUCUUCCUAUAACAACUUCCACAACAAUGUGCUCACAGACACAUUAGUUGUGUCUAUUACUAAUGCUGCAACUAGUAUCUUUGCUGGCUUUGCAAUCUUCUCCAUAAUGGGUCAUAUGGCUCACAUCUAUAAAUUGCCAGUUACAGAAGUGGUAAAAGAAGGAUUUGGCUUGACAUUCAUCGCCUAUCCAGGAGCUCUCACGAAGCUUCCCAUUUCACCACUGUGGUCCGUGUUGUUCUUCUUCAUGAUUCUGACUGUCGGUCUGGACUCUCUGUUUGCAGAAAUAGAGGUGUUAAUAACCUCCGUCCAGGACGCUUAUCCCCAAAUCUUUAAACCCAAGAGAGCCUUACUGACAACGGUAACAUGUGCAAUCCUCUUCCUUCUGGGCCUGCCGUGUGUCACAAGAGCUGGAAUCUACUGGGUGACCAUCAUCGACUCGUUUAUCGCCAGCUGGGUUGUGCUAUUUUUGGUUUUCUUAGAGGUUGUUAGUGUUUCCUACAUAUACGGAGUGAACCGUUUCAUAGAAGACAUCGAAAUGAUGAUUGGACAAAAGUCUCCACGUUUCUGGCUCUGGUGGAAGACAUGUUGGCUCUUUGUCACCCCUUUCAUCUUACUGGUUAUCUUGGUAUGGUCUCUAUUUACAUUUUCCCCCCCCACAUAUGGAGACAUACGCUUCCCGUCCUGGGGGUUGUCUCUGGGAUGGUGCAUGCUUGCUUUCGUCCUGCUGUGGCUCCCUGUUGCUGCCGUCUAUCAUCUGACAAAAGCUAAAGGGACCCUCGUCAACCGACUGAUGUCAGUGUGUGCCCCAUCUGAGGACUGGGGUCCCUACCUGGAAAUUAAUCGAGAAGGGCGCUACCCAAAACGUCAAACUGUCAACAUAAAAAACGAUUCCAACGAUUCCGACGAGGAGACCUCCGGCCUCUGGCUUUAAUGUGUCUGCUGAUCUGUUUGUCGGUUACUCUGAGUACGUGUGGCAUCUUUCGCAAUCUAUAGAAAUGUUUUUAAAUAGAUCAAAAAAUUGUUUAGCAUGUUUACUUUUACUUACAUGCAUUGUGGGACCAAACAGUGUUUGGUCCCACAAUGCAUGUAAGUUUAGAUUACACAAACACUGUGUUUGUAAUCUAAACUUAAACUUGUAGCAUUGUAAAAAAGAAAAAAAUCUGAUCAUUUUGAUUGUAUGUUUUGUUUAUUUUAUUUAACCUAACAGGGUGAUGAUUUGCCAUUGUCUCGUUGUGAUGAUCUUGAUCAGCAACAUUGUAUUGUCAUGUACAUGAAGCCUAAAUAACAACCGAAGUUUUGCAGAAAAAAAAGGCAGGUAAAUCAACACCAUUUUUACUGUUAGUGGGCAUGAGGAAUUAUACACUACUUUGUCCCAGCGUCUCAAAAAAAAGAAAAAUUCCUGUAAAAAUUUGUGGAUAAUAUGCAAAAAUGUGGAAAAGAGUUCAUUUUUAGGACUGAGGCUUAAAUCCAUUUACAGCAACUUAGGUGACCCUGUGUGGUCACCUAAUGAGGGUUAUCAAGGACCUUCUAAGGAGGGUCACCUAAGUCGCUGUAUACAAUUUGGGUUUAUUAUUCCACCUAGCUCUGCAGAGGAGAGAAAGAAGGGGUUGAUAUGUGCUUUUUCUUUUUUCAUAACCUCUUCUGAGCAGUCAGAUAACCAUUAUCCUGAGAGCUGCAGGGUCGUUUUUAAGGCCUUUGUAUCUGCCACCUAAUUACCUGAGUGAGAAUUCACUGCUGGCUGCUCUACACACAAACACACACACUCUGACCUGCGAGGUUUCCUCAAUAACGACAGCAUCAUCCUUCCCAGGUUAAACACAAGUUUAGCUGUAUCAGAUAUGAGACAAUUUUACUAUAUGAUCCAAUGUCACCUUCUGUUUGUAUGCAUAAUUCUUUGUUUUUUAUGUAUUAUAUUUUAUGUAUUACACUAAAACGUAUGCUAUCUAGAAACUUGUUUACAUGUGAUUGACUGUGCAUGUUAUUAUUUUAAAAUUUCAAUCAAUCUACAAUUUUUGUAAAUUAAUGUUUCAUUUUAUUCUGUAUUUGUACCACUAAUGUUUAAGAUGUCAAUGAAAAGCCAACACCAGAUGUCUUUAUCACACUCAGAUAUAAAACAAUUCCCUGUGUUUGUGCCACGUUUUAUGUUUUGUUUCCCAGAAAGCUUUAAUGUGUCUCAGUGAGCUUUAGGAUCCUGUCCACUAAGGUCUGAAUCAGGUGUGGACUUGAGCGAUUGCAUCAUGAUUGGCCUGUGAAGAAAAGGGAAAUACAAGGUUGAUGUUCAUGUUUGAC